CAGCGGCCUCAGCGCCUACCGCGCCCUCCGGCACGACGACGACGACGACGACCAGCCCGGAGCCCAGCCGGGAGAGCCCGACCAGGACCAGGCCGGCGACGAGGCCGGAGCCGCCCGACGAGCCCGCCCGGCCGCCCUGGACGUCGCCUCUUACCUCCUCUCCGACGGCCUCUGCGUCUGGGUGCUGGUGAAUACUGCUUGCUGUAUUCUAAUGCUGAUUGCGAAACUAAUACAGAGUGUCGUGUUUGGUUCUCUCCGUGUCAGUGAAAGACAGCAUCUCAAGGAUAAAUUUUGGAACUUCAUCUUCUACAAGUUCAUCUUUAUUUUUGGCGUGUUAAAUGUCCAGACCGUUGAAGAAGUGGUCAUGUGGUGCCUCUGGUUCUCUGGCCUUGUUUUUUUACAUCUCAUGGUUCAGCUCUGUAAGGACAGGUUUGAAUAUCUCUCCUUUUCACCCACCACACCCAUGAACAGCCACAUCCGGGUCCUGACUCUGCUAGUAGGGAUGCUGCUUUCAUGCUGCGGGCUAGGAGUUGUGUGCGGUGUGAUCGGCUACACCCAUGGAAUGCACACCUUAUCUUUCAUGGCUGCAGAGUCCCUUCUUGUCACCGUGAGAACUGUGCAUGUGAUUUUACGUUACGUCAUACAUCUCUGGGAUCUCAAUCAUGAAGGGACCUGGGAGAGCAAGGGAACGUAUGUCUAUUACACCGAUUUCAUCAUGGAGUUAAUGCUCCUGUCCCUGGAUCUCAUGCAUCACAUCCACAUGCUGCUGUUUGGCAACAUCUGGCUGUCCAUGGCCAGCCUGGUGAUCUUCAUGCAGCUGCGUUACCUGUUUCAUGAGGUCCAGCGUAGACUUCGUCGCCACAAGAACUACCUCCGCGUGGUUGGAAAUAUGGAAGCGAGGUUUGCAGUGGCCACUCCUGAGGAAUUGGCAGCCAACAACGAUGACUGUGCCAUUUGCUGGGACUCCAUGCAGUCUGCUCGUAAACUCCCUUGUGGACAUCUGUUCCAUAACUCCUGCCUGCGCUCCUGGCUUGAGCAAGACACUUCCUGCCCCACCUGCAGAAUGUCUCUGAAUAUCACGGACAACCAUCACGCAAGAGAGGACCACCAGAGGGAGAACCUGGAGGAGAACCUGGCUCCGGUGGCAGUGGCCGAAGGCAGGCCUCACCUGAACCAGCACAAUCACUUCUUCCACUUCGAUGGUUCCCGCAUCGCCAGCUGGCUGCCCAGUUUUUCAGUGGAGGUGAUGCACACGACCAGCCUUCUUGGCAUUGCACAGACAAGCAACUCUCAGCUCAAUGCGAUGGCCCAUCAGAUUCAGGAGAUGUUUCCGCAGGUCCCUUACCACCUCAUUCUGCAGGAUCUGCAGCUGACGCGUUCUGUAGAAAUUACAACAGACAACAUUUUAGAAGGCCACAUCCAAGUGCCUUUCCCAACGCAGCGUUCAGACAGCAUCAGACCCGCUUUGAACACCCCACUGGAAAGACACAACAGUGAUCAGGAGGAUGCUGAAGAGAUAACUCAGACUGAGAGAGUCCCCCUGGAGCUCAACUCGAGGCUGGAAGAGAUGAUGGAAUUCAACGAGACAGACGUGGAGCCCGCAGAGACCGAGGAUUUUGAAGUGAGAGGGAGCCGUUUUUCCAAGUCGGCCGACGAGCGGCAGCGAAUGUUAGUCCAGAGGAAGGAGGACCUGUUGCAGCAAGCUCGCAGGCGUUAUCUCAACAAAACCUCCGAAGACUCGGCCUCAGACCUCUCCCUGCCGGCUGAAGGAGGGGCGUCCGACCCCAUCACGUUGCGUCGCCGGAUGCUGGCCGCGGCGGCAGAGCGAAGGCUUCAGAAGCAGCACCCAUCGUAACACUCCCUAUCUGCUCCUGUUCCUUCUCCACACAAGCAGCAUUUACGCCAUCUUGCGCGCGCGCUGGCUGGCCCCUGUCGGCGAGCGGAUGUUUCUCCGGUGCUCGGCGAGCUGUGCUGAGGAUGAGUGAGCUGGCUGCUUCUUCACUGUAUAAAGCAUGUGAUAUCUAAUCAGUGUUUGGACGCCUGAUCAAUUAACCUUUCUUGGGUACCUCUUUUCUCCAAGUGACGUGCACACAUACACACGUUUUCCCCCUCCGCUCCCCAUGGGCUGCUGCUCAGACGGCCCAGGCCUUCUCGUGGCUCUUUGGCAGCCGGCUUGUCCGUCUGUCCCAGCGAAGCCCUUCCGAGAAGAAACGGAGUGAAUGAGAAAUUGCGAGGUUGCCUUGGCAAACGUGCCCUCCCGAAUCAGCCAACGUCACUGUGGAGCCGCUGCGUGUGAGCGAGAAUGCAUUUCAGAGAGGCGCCUAGGCUUUGGCAGAAUCUCUUUGGGUGGGUGGGGGGCAUGUCGAAAUCUCGGGAGUGUAUCGGAACGGAGCCCGCCAACAGGAGGAGACAUCUUGGAGCCGGAGACAUGAAGCUGAGUUUUAAAGAGUGGAGCUAAGCAAGGGGUUGCCCUUAUUUGGCCCUGGCAUGGACGCUUUGAAUUUUUCUGGCCUCCUUCUGCCCAGAGGCUGGCUUAGUUUUUCCUGUGCAUUUCAUUGCCAGCAUCAAGGCAUACGGCUUUUGGAGAAUAAAAUAGAAGAGGCUCAAGCCCAGCUAUUAUUAGGCUUCAGUGUUUUGGUGAGCAGGUACACAGAACUGCAGAGUGUCAGGGUUUGGUCUCCGGGGCUGUCUUCAGAGGAGACUCCAUUUAGGACGGGGAAGCAGACAACAUUUAGGAAAGGCCUGGGAGCAUGCUGAAAUAUAUAUAUAUUUUUAAUCUUACACUUUGCAAUGAUGCGUCUGCCCACUUAGAGGAGUCGGAUGUACAGAUCUGAGAGAACUGAGCGCUAUUAGACAUUAGAUUAGGUGUGGUCUAGCUUUUUCUUGAGUAUUGUAAGACUCUAGUAGAUAUUUUGAAGACCUUUGGUCUUAGAUGGUGUUGUUGAGUUUUACAAUGGCCGCCAAGUAAUUUUUAAGUGUUUGAGGAGUAUCGUCAUCCUUCAGAAGUUGCCCAGUAUUAAGACAAAAAGGAAGGAAGAAACAGGAUCAAAUAUAUCUUUUUAUUGCAGGCUUUUAGGGUACCUGAAGGCAGAUAUAAGAAAACUACGAAUGGUGUGUUUAAGCAAAGAUAACUUAUUUCAAUAAACUCUCUCCCCGCCCCUUUUGGGAAGCCUUACUUUGCAACGCUGUCAGUAAACUUUGAAGAAGGAGGAGGAAGAAGAAGAGAAAACUGACUUCUUCUGUGAUUGAAUUUUGCUCGGAGCACAGCUCUUUGUUUUUAUUGUUCAAAAAUAAAUAAAUAAAAUCUUGAUCAGUGUUGAA